CCAGUGGGUCUGGUUCUGGUUUCUCUUCCGUUUUCACAAGUCAAAUUUUUGGCGAGGCGAGGCCCGCAUGCUUGCUGCCCAGGUCCACUUCUUCCCCGGAUUAUCACGCUCACUUCGGAAUCACCUCACUCUUCACCAUUCUUCGUCGACCCACGUCUCCCAUUGCUCUUAAGUCGCACCUCUCACAUACUCGGUUUGAUAAAUCAUGGAUGUGGCAUACAAUCAGCAUUCGCCUCACUCGCGGCACCACAGUCGCUCCCAUACCAGUCUUGGUCAACUGACUCUCGCUCCGUUGACUUCGCGACUCCCCCUCUCCGACCCAGACGCCCUCCCAGAUUCGACUCAUCUCUCCUACAUCGAAGGCCGCUCGGCUCCCACCUCUCCCUCGAUACUAUCUAGGUCAUCCUCCCGCGUAUCACUGCGCAAGCCUACAAACCUAGCUCUUCCAAAAUCGAAAUCAAGCACCCAUCUUGUUGCCGGUCGAAAACAGCCUCGGUCUGGCGCUACUACACCUGGCGGAACUCGAUUGAAGAACGAACUCAACCUGAGCUCGAUUUCUGCGAAGGAUAGGAAUGAUUCAGACUGGCUGCUACGAGCUGGAGCCGCUAUAUCCUCAUCAACGAGAGAGUCGAAGGGUCAAUCGUGGCUGGUAUCUAGGGCGAGCUCUACAAGUUUGACUGGACAGCGAGAUGAAGAUGAGGAAGAGCUAGAACGAGAGUUGGUAAAAGAGAGAGACCGGUCGAGCAGACGUGCUAGUAGGAGAGGCAGUGUUGUGGCAUUCGAUGCCGAUGAUGAGUUCUCUCCAAUUACAACACGACGAAGUCUUAGUUUUGGGCCGGCAACUGGUACAGGAAGUCGACCUGCAAGCAGAUUCGGUAGCAGAGGGAAUAGCAGGCGGGGUAGUAAAGCCCAGCUCUUCACGCCCAUAAGCGGUGAACGAGAUGGGUACUUCGACCAAGGAGAUUUUGCUCGCCAAGACUUCAUAAGUGAGCCAGACUUUGUGGAUGCUGAGGAAGAAGAGGUGUAUGAGAUCGAGGAAGAGGCCAGGAAAGAUGAAGCCGAGGUUCGAAAACUCGCAAGAUCAAGCAGUAUGGGUGUCGCCGGCUGGGUUGAGAGGAUGCUUGGAUGGAGUCUGUUUGCGGUAGAAGAAGAUGGUGAGGAUGAAGAAACAACAGAUGAAAAAGCCGAAGACUCUGAGAUAUCUUCGAGAGCUUCUAGGCGAACCUUAGAUGGAAUUGCCGAUCCUAUUGCCGGAGAAGUACCACCACCCCCUAUGAGGGAGGGUGAAGUUGGAGGCUGGCAAGAUGCUGCGUGGCUAUUGAGUGUUGCGACGAAAGUGCUGCUUUGACAGACCAAACAUCCAUGACUAGACUAGAGGGUUUUCCAAUCUUAUAGUGGCCUAAUAUCCAUACCGCUGGGGUGGCUUCCUGUCCCUAGACCUUCCCAUAGGCUCAUGAUCAUCGGAAUUUCCUCCGUGCAAGCUCUUGAGCUCACGUUGCCCCACUCUCCUUCUUUUGAGGGUGCUCUGCCUCAUUUCUUCCACUACCAUAUCCGGCUGCUCUGUUUCUGGCUGCACAACCUCAGUGGUCUGUUCAUGUCGUUUGGGAGGUUCAGUCUGGUCGAGCUGCGGUCCUUGCCAUUCUUCUUGUUCCCGCUCUUGACUCUCAAUCUCCUCGUCAAAAUAACAAUGGCGUACAUCAAUCCGUGUAAUGUGCCCUCUUCGGGAUCCACCUCUCCGAGACGAAUUCUGUCUCUGAUUCCUUUUCCUCGUUCUGAUGGUCAUUGUUGGUGUUCUAGCUGUUGGUUCGUCAAUCAAUGGCAGUGCCAUAUCCUCUUCAAGCGGCCACAGAUCACUAUAUAUCAUUAGUCUCCUCCAUCACACUCACUUUUCAACAACUCACUCGAAUGCAGCAAGCCAAGAAUCAAGCUGGUGUUGAUACGGACCCGCAGGAUCAGAAAGAAAAUAUAUCGGUCCCGGGAUUCUCUCCCUUCUCUUCGCACCGUGGACAGGAUGUUUGAACCACAGCCUCACAGUAUUCAACCCCAGUCUCGAGGCAUCCCUCCUCCGCCAACCAAGCACCAGACCAGCACCCAGACAAGGAAAUGCGAUACUCGCCGCCCCAACCUUAAACGCCUCUUCCAAACACCUCCGAUAACAAUCCACCAACUGCUGUCUUAAAAGCGGGAUCGUCGACCUAGUUCUGCCGCGGUAAUUGGGUACAUUGGUAUGGAUGAUGUGAUCACAGUUCAACAGAUCAAAACUAGGUGACACAGUAGCUUCGCCGACAGGCAGUCCAUUUGGAAACCUAUUGCACAACCAAUGCAACAUCCUUGGGCCACCCCCUUUAGUGAUCAGAAGUUUAUUUGCAGGAAUAGUGGCAGUAUUGCAAGUCAUGGAAAGGUUUGUAGCAUUAACCAGCGCGGCUGCUGGGAAGUUGACCAAGAAGGCUUUGCGAAUCUGAUAUCUGCCAUCGGGGCUACUGCAGAUGAAAGUCGCCUGCAAUUUCCAUAUGAGGUUCGUAAGAUGGUGAUUCAGGAGACGAUAACUGCAUGACGUCUCUUGGAGGCGCUGCCCUCGAACUUUUGGGAGUCACGGUAUGGUAAAUAUUAGUUUCUGCCGUGUGAUUUUCCGUGUCGAAAAGCAUCGAGCCCUUUGAUAAUGUUUGCGGGAGACAAAGAAUAGUAGAAGAAUAAUUUGCAUUUGGUAUUGCAACGACAGAGAUAAUCGUGAGU